AUGUACCGUGAAUACCGUGAUUUGAGUGUUGGAGGUGCAGUCACUCAGUGCUAUCGUGAUAUAGGAGCCAGGCACAGAGCCCGCGCCCAUUCCAUCCAGAUCAUCAAAGUGGAAGUAAUCAUGGCGGCCGCAUGCCGCAGGCCCCAGGUGAAGCAGUUCCACAAUAGCAGCACCAGAUUCCCGCUGCCCAAGCGUGUGCACCACCACAAGCGUCUCAACACCUUUGCAUACAAGAGGCCCACCACAUACUUCCUAUAA